AUGGGUUGUGGAAUUCUUACCACAUACACCCAAAUUGCCAACAUCGCCGGUAUUCAUGGUCUGAUGGUUUACACUAUUUCUGGGGCCAUCCCAAUUUUCCUUUUCUCGUUAUUUGGUCCGCUCAUCAGAAAAAAGUGUCCUGACGGCUUUGUUCUUACCGAGUGGGUGUUUCAGCGUUUUGGUCCCGUCACUGCGUUGUAUCUGUCGGCCUUCACCGUCUUCACCAUGUUCCUUUAUAUGUUGUCUGAAUUGACGGCUAUUGAGUAUGCGAUUGAGGCUCUUACGGGUCUUGAUGCUACUCCGGCCAUGGUGGUGCAGUGUGUUGUGACAACCAUCUAUACUUUCUUCGGAGGGUUCCAGGUGUCGUUUGUCACCGACAGUUUCCAAGCGGUGUUUGUCUUGGUGUUGUUGGUUGUUGGUGUUAUUGCGUAUGCUACGCAGAUAGACAUCAACCUCGACAUCAAACACGCAACUCAGGACCAACUCAUGCAUGCCAACAAGCUGGGAUGGAUGCUCAUGUACAUCUUGCCGGUUGCUAUCAUCACCAACGACUGCUUUAUUGCCGGUUUCUGGUUGCGUACUUUCGCUGCCAAGACGAAUAAAGACCUGGUUAUUGGUUCUUCCAUCGCUGCUGUUGUCACAUGUAUCAUCUGUACUCUUGUUGGACUUCCAGGAAUCAUUGCUGUGUGGACUGGAGAUAUGCAGAUUUAUGACGAUGAGGGAGCCAACGCUUUCUUCAUCUUAGUUUCCAAGAUGGAUAAUUGGGUCAUUGGUGUGAUUUUGAUUUUCUCCAUUGGAAUUUCGACAGCCACCUUUGACUCGUUGCAAAGUGCCACUGCUUCGACUAUUUCGAACGAUUUCUUCAGAAAUAAGGUGGCCAUCAUGUGGGUGCGGUUUUUGGUGAUUGUGAUCAUGGUGCCGUCUCUUGUUGUUGCCAUCAAGGCUGCUACCAACGUUCUGCAAAUCUACCUGAUUGCAGAUCUUGUGUCCGCGUCGGUGAUUCCGAUCAUCUUUCUUGGAUUAUCUGAGAAAUUCAACUUCUUGCGUGGGCUGGAUGUGAUGAUUGGGGGUUUGGGAGCCUUGGUUGCAGUCUUCAUCUACGGUACCAUUUACUACGGCAAUGCCAAAGACGGAGCCAGAUUGCUGCUUGUUUGGAACGGACUUUACUCCGACCAGGACUGGGGUGCGUUUGGAGCGUUUGUGAUUGCUCCUGUUGGAGGUAUUUUGAUCGGAUUUGCCAGUGCUGCUAUUAGGAUCAGUAUACGGGGAAUCACGAGAAGAAUCCGUGGUACCAGAGAUGACGAAUCUGUGGAAGUCCAGCACGAGAUGAUCGACACCGAUGAUAGUAUCAAGAAGAGUCGGUUGCAGGCGUUGAGUGUUGGACUUUUGUGA